AUCUGCGAGUCUUGCACUCCUCUUUGAAAGCAGAUAAGACAGUUUGGAAAGUACAAUGUCUGAAGAUACUGAAGGAAUUGAAAAAGAAAUAGAAAUUGAAUUAGGCAGAAUCAGUGUUUCUUCCUUUGAAGCAGACGAUACUGACACGGAGGUAUCAGAUGCAGCUUUGAGUGACAGUGAGACAAUUUCGGAUGACUUGCCAGAAUCAGUUGUCUCCUAUUUAAACUUUAUAAAGAGCAGAAAUGAAGAUGCUGAAAAGCUUAUACUGCAAGACUUAGAAGAUAAAGAAACUACAAGUAAUAUUUAUGGAGUAGUUUCUUGCCAUGCUUCAGAUGACUUGGUGGAAUUGCCUUCUGACUAUAAUGAAGAUCCAGAACAACUUAAAAAAAGGGUACUAUUUGAAAUUGAAAAUGAAGACUUGCAGAUCAUUACAACACCUUGUUCUAAUAGUCAGUCAACCAGUGAUGAAGUGGUCACUGAUGACCGUGUUGUUACAGCUGAUAUUAAAAUGAGCUUCAGCCUUACUCAUCACGAAGUAGAAGAAAAAUGUAGACAAGAAUUUGAACAGUGGGAGAAAAGACAAAAGGAACUUGAAGAUGAGAAGAGGAGAAAGUGGAAAGCUGAGAGGGAAGCACAGGAAAAGCAGAAUGAAGAAGAACAUGCAAGAAGAGUGCAGCGUCUGAAGGAAUUUGAGGCUGAAAGAAUGAAGUUAGAGUUUCUUCAUAAGAAACAUCAAACUGCAUUAGAAGAUGAGUUACAGAAGGAAAAGAAAGCUUGGAGUGACAAAAUGGUGGAACAUGAGGAAUUGAUCGUGAAGCUACAAUUGCAAAUGGAGGAGGAGAAAAAGGCAUUGGAAGAGCAGAAUGCAAAAGAAAGACAACGCCUGGCCGAACAACAAAACAUAGCAGCUGUGAAAAUCCAAGCUAGAAUUAGGUCGUUUUUAAUCCAUAAAAAAUAUGCUCCCAUCCUAAAAGAAUGGAAAGAUGAAAUAAAAAAGAAGCAGAGAAUGCUAGAAGAAAUAGAGGGAGAAAUUAAAGAAAAAGAAGAAAAAUUGAAGAGACGAAUAGAAGAAAAUAAGCAAAAGAAAGAAGAGUUGAAAAAGAGACAAGAUGAACUUGAAAGACAGGCCUAUUUGGAAAAGAUGAGGAGGCGUGAGGAAUAUGAGAAAAAGAAGGCAAGCAUGAGACUUGAAAAAGAAAACCAGUUUCAAAUGAAAAGAGAAGAGCAGCGAAAAUUAGGAGAAAAAAGGGCAAAAGUUGUGAUGAAUGAAAGUGGAGGAAACAGCAAAGAAAACAUAAAAAAGGAUAAGCAGACAGAAAAUAAAAAAGUCAUAAGAGAACCGGAGGAGCUAAAUAAGCAAGUGGAGGAAGAAAAACAGAUUGAAUUGAUGGAUGCAACAAAUAAUUGUAUGAUUCCAGCAGAAAGAAAUUUAACAUUGACACAAAAUAUGCUGGGCUGUGAGAAGAAGGGACAGUCAUCUCAAGUAAACAAUGAGAACAUAUACAUGAAUUCAGUAACAAAUGUAGAAGAAAAUUACUCACAAACUAGAGAUCUUAAUAAGGCUCCAAAUAGUCACACUGCAAAGGAUGAAUCUGUUAAUUUUGGAGCUAAUGACACAGUAGAAAGUAAGGCAAACAAUUUAUGCGUCAGUCCACCAAGUCUCCAGCCAAUUGCUAAUAACAGAGAAGUCAAAGAUCAAUUUUCUCAGUCUGAAACACUGAAGAAAACUGUGUUUUUAACGGAAGAUACUAAUGAGAAAGUGAGAGAACCCUGGGACAGAAUUCAAGGUAUAGCUGAAAGUUCCAGUAGACUAAUUCUUCCUGAUGAUAUUGAAAAGAAGAGAAUACACUGGAUGAACACAUGUAAAUCUUGGUCUAAAAUAUAUGAAGAAAACCAAAGAAAGCAAGCAACUAUAAAAAAACAACUGAGAAAAAGUUUGGUUAGCAAGAUGCCUCCAUUAAGUACACAAAUGAUAAUUCGUAGUGGCCCUUGGACUACUUUGCAGCAGGUCACAACACUUACCUUGGAAGAUUUGCCAGCCUGUAGCCUCUCAACAUUAUCUGAGUGUGCAAAUCUUCAAGUUUUGACUCUGAGGCGCUGUGGUCUAGUUGCGCUGGAAGGACUAAGUAGCUGCAAAGACCUAAAGUACAUCAAUGUGGAGGAAAACAACAUUCAGAGAAUUGACUGUGAAAAUCUCAAAAAUCUCCAUAUUCUAAUUCUGAAUAAGAACUGUCUUACAUCAAUUUGUGACUUAGAUGGAUGUGUAAAUCUCCAAAGUGUUGAACUUUCCUACAAUAGAAUCACUCGAAUUGGUGGUCUGCAGUCACUGAAAAAUCUUCAGCAAUUAAUUGUGGAUCAUAAUUACUUAAUCAGCACGAAAGGUCUUUGUGAGGCACCUACUCUCAUUCACCUAGACUGCUCUUUUAAUCAUCUCACAGAAGUUGAAGGCAUUGAGAAUUGUGGCCUGCUCCAAAUUCUGAAGUUGCAAGGCAAUAACCUCAAGGAGCUUCCAAGACUGGAAAAUCAUGUUCUCUUAAGAGAGCUAUAUUUGCAUGACAAUAGCAUUUCUGCUAUGAGAAUGCUUUCUUUGUAUUGGUUGCCUCUACUGCAAAUUCUUUUGCUGUCUCAAAAUAGAGUAACUGAGCUUGUGUCUUUAAAUUCAUUUAUAUCUUUGGAAAAGCUGGAUAUCAAAAAUAACUGCUUGUCAGAUCUUAAAGGUGUCAUUACAUGGUUACGUGGAUGUGAUAAACUAAGGGAGUUGUCACUCAGUGGAAAUCCUCUUCUUCAAGAAAGAAAUUGGAGGUCUUCCAUGUGUAAGGUUCUUCCUAGUUUACAGUUUCUGGAUGGUGAAAUCUUAAACUAUCAUACUUCACCCACAACUGAAAGAAUCAAAGGAUCAGAAUUAAGAACUUUUCUGGAACUUUGUCAAGUUCAAAUUGAAGAAAACAUUCUACUGAAAAAAAAGGCUGCUGAACUGGGAAUUGCUUCUUCUAUUGAUUCUGUACAGCAGCAAUGCUGGUAUUUUAAUCAGUUGAUGAAACUUAGUAUUAAACAUCGAUAUGCACAUGAGUAUGGUGAACUAAACAUUACUGACAGAGAUGGACCAGAAGCACUGCAACGUCAUUUAAAGCAAACAUCCACUGGCUGCCUAGAGGAAAAUACCCUCUUUAUCAUGGGUGCGACAGAAAAUAAACAGAUCUCGUUGGAUCCUUCUGAAAGAUGGAUUACUACUGGCCAUAUUCAGGCCACAUUCAUUAACUCCUCCAUACCUGUGCACGAAAAGGAAAAUAAAGAAGAUCAGAGAGUGCAGCAGAAGAGCACUGAAUCUUGUAUUAAUUACAGUGGGGAGAGCAAAGACAGCAAUAACAUGUCAGCCCAGUUCACGUUGCAACAGUCAGUGAUAGUAGCAAGUAAUAUGGGAAGAGAUCAUCAGCGUUUUGAGAAUGAUAUAGAAAGGCUACAUACAGCAGCGUCAGUGAUCCAGUCCCUUUGGCGGCAAUACCAUGUCAGGAAGAAGACCAACUGCACCAAAACAGAGAAUCACGAGUUUAUAGAAGCUUUGAGAAAGAAGCAUGAAGCGGCUACACUAAUCCAGGCAUUUUGGAAGGGUUUUCUUUUGCGAAAGAGACUGACCAGUGCUCUUGCAGCUGUUAAAAGUGAUGAAGUGGAGGAUGACUAUGAAGAAAUAAAUGUGGAUGAUUUCAUGCUUUCUGAAGCUGCAUUAGAGAAGGAAUGGCUAACUCUAGAUUCCACCCGUUUCCCUUCAAAAACACUCCUGCUCUCAAACCAGCUGCACUGGCCAAAGAAAUAUUCUACACCUUCAAAUGCCAGCAAAUCUUCAAAUAAUUUGCCAUUGUCACCACAAGAGGUUUGGCAAUGUACUAACGGACCAUGUUCAUUCACAGCAGAAAAUAACCACUUUCAUAGUGGGUCAACGAAGGGAAUAAUGUCACAGCUCUCCGACUGGAAGGAAAAAAAGAUAUUUUCAUUCAUGUCUGAAAAAGAAGAAAAAAUUUCAGAAGAAUGGGGUUUUAAGGAUAUUUCUACUGCACAGCAAAUGCUGAAGAGGGCCCAUAAAAUGAAGCCUAAAAAAUAUGGUAAUAAAAAUUCAGACCCAGCUGUGCGCCUGGCGUUGUUCAAAAACAAUGAAAAUAAACAUCUCCAUAUGAAACCACCAAGGAAGACACAGCCUAUAACUGCUGGUUACUUUGAAGGUGUGAAAGAAGAAUGUUCUCAGCUGGAUACUUCUUUAGAUCAGAAAUUGCAAAGGAGAAAAGACUUUACAGACCAAUGGCUUCAUACACAGCUUGUGAAUUAUGAAGCAGCCAGUUCCAAAGAUACAAAGUGCUGUCAAAUUUUCCCUGAGUUAGAUCCUGCAAUACGUGACAGUAGACAAGUACAACUUGUGGCAAGCCCUGUAAGUAGAGAAGACAUGGAUUUAGACCUUGUUUCCAUGUCCAGUGGAAGUGCUUUGACUGAGAACAGAGAAAAAAAUAAGCAGCCAUACAGACACUCAGCAACUCCUUCACAAAAGAAUAUAUCUGCUCCAGAAAGUUCAUGUUUGGGACCAUCUCAUAAGGAACGGAUAUCAUUUCGAGACCAUCCUGUACAACUCAGCGGAGGAUGGGGAGCAGGCAAAAAAAGACAAAAGCUUAAAAAUAUUAGCUGA